UGGCGCGCGCGCCCUAGCCAGUGGAUUUAACCUAGCUUGUUGGGUUUUCUCACGUUUAUUCUUAGGUGUUGACUAUUUCUGGACCCUGGCGUCUGCGAUUUUCGAGAUGCCGUCUUUGCUGGGCACGGUGAUGCCGGCUUCUACGUCUGCCGCAACCCUGCAGGAAGCUUUGGAAAAUGCCGGGCGGCUUAUCGACCGUCAGUUGCAAGAAGACCGCAUGUACCCGGACCUUUCCGAACUGCUCAUGGUGUCAGCCCCAAAUAAUCCAACUGUUUCAGGCAUGUCAGAUAUGGAUUAUCCUCUACAAGGACCUGGUUUGCUGUCAGUACCCAACCUUCCAGAGAUCAGUUCCAUCCGAAGAGUUCCUCUACCACCUGAACUUGUGGAACAGUUUGGACAUAUGCAAUGUAAUUGCAUGAUGGGUGUAUUCCCUCCUAUCAGCAGAGCUUGGCUCACGAUUGACAGUGACAUAUUCAUGUGGAACUAUGAGGAUGGGUAUGUAUUUAAGGCUGGUUUGCUUUGGUGUGAUUUGAAUUCAGAUAAUUUUUAUUGCUUACUGAAGCUAGCUAUUUAUUGGAAGCUGCCUAAGGUGACCUUUGCCUAUUUUGAUGGACUUAGUGAGACUAUUCUUGCUGUGGGCUUGUGA